CCUUACUUUACGUCCUACAUACCUGCGGUCUGCGACCUUUGUGUCAAGGACAGUCUUGUCUAAAUUGUAUAAUGGCCACUUCACGUCGAACGACCCAAACGCUGUAUGACAGCUUCUCGAAAGCCGCAGCACCACCGAGAUACAUUUGUCGAUCCUGCAGAAAUCACAUUCAGUUGAACAUGAGACAACACCGGACCAUUUCAAACUCGGCCUCCUCCUCUCACGGUCUACGUCGUAAAACAUGGCAGACGGAAGUGCAUCGUGCCUCCUCGCGUUCUGCGCUUUUCGCAACCGCCUCCUCGAGAUGCUCUAACACAGUCUCGUCGGAAGAGCUGGCCGAGGACAAGUCCUACGUGGAAGCGGAGACGUGGGACGGGUUGGAGCAUGUCGGACACCAAGGACACUGGAAGGAUAUUCCUGCAAAGCCACAGGAUCGAUUCGAGCCCUGGCUGGUCCGAGACACAGACACCACGUUUCCCAACCGAACCGAACUUCUCGCCAUGCUCUACGUCGCUGUCGUCGACGUCCUCGCUUAUGAGACACUCAAGACACAUGAAAAGGAUCUCAAAUUGGAAAAUCUGAAACUCAACUACGCAUACAACAAAGUCAAGAUUGCGCUCUCGCCGUCCGGAACCAUUUCGCACCUCGACGAUCCUGAGGGCAUCUUAGGAUCGUCCAUGAGUGAUGCGGUGAAGGGAAGCACCGAUGAUGCCCAGGCCGUCGAACUCCCCAUCUCAGAAAUCAAAGAACAAUUGGACGCUGCCAAGUUUGAUUUCACUAGCAAGACCACCUUCACUAUUCUCAAACACUUUUCCCGUCUGAUCUCCAUGCCCGUCCCCGACCCGAUCUUGAACACGGUGGUCCGAGGCAAUAAAUCCAUGGCCGAAUUCGUCAGUUUGCUCGACAACACGAAACCAAAACCACAAAAGACGGCCGAGAUUCUGAUCGCCAAACAAGCCAAAGCUUUGAAUAUCAAAGCGAAUGCCGAUCCCCAAACUCUCACGGACAUUACCAAAACCGAGAGCUCUGUUGAAACAAGCACACCGCAACCCAAGAGAAAGGUCCCUCGGCCAUUAGGCCCGAACGUCAUGGUUCUCUCGAGACGGGAAACACCAGUGGAUAAAGAAAAGGAGAUUGGACGGUGGAAGGUGAUUGCGCGAGAACUACAGUCCAAGGGACUUCCAGUGCUCGGUCACAAGGAUUUGGCACCUCAAGGCCAGGAAUGGAACCGGACCACGAUCAACACGAGCUGAGUGGGCCGAUGCGGAAAAGCCUCGCUGGAUACUGAGACCACAGUCAAGUACGAGCUGAGGAUAUAACCCCCUUGCUGGAUCAGGUUCAUGGACCACCGGAGCAUGUGAGUUGGCCUGGUGAUACGACGAAGCAGAAGAAAUUCUUGUACCAAAAGAAAACAUAAUAUGCACAGCUAGAAAAGAAACGAAAUUCCAAAGGUGUAUGUGCCAAUCUCUGAUUUUCCUGGCAGGAUAUGGCCAUUUUUUCUCUUCCGUGUUACAGUACACACCUUUAAACCCUCUCUUCUUCAACCCGAUCACACUUUAUAGACGACGGUGACUUCCAACACCAAGAACGCG